AAGAACCCUACCACCCUAUGAUAACUCUCUUUCUCAUUCAUUUCUCACUUCUUCUUCUUCCUUCCCUAUCCCUCUGUACUCUCCACUGUCCAUUACUUUUUCAUACUUCACAUCACACUUUCUCUCUCUCUUUCUCUCCAUAUCCAUGACUCCUUAUUCCCUCCACCCACCACCUCCUUCCUUACAACCUCAAACCCAAAUCUUCAUUUCUUCUAAUAAUCAGGAUUGCCCUACCUUCUUCAACAUCUUUGAUCCAAGGAAAACCAUACAAAUUGGAGGCUUCACACAAAGUUAUCAACAGGAUGAGAAGAUGGUAAUAUUGCAUGAUGGAUCAUCAAGCAAUAAUCUGAAUUCACCUGAGCCAGUUACGGUUGAUCCAAUUAGCAGCAGAAAUGAGGGUAAUUUAGGGUCGUACAGAAUGGACGAAGAAGACAUAAAACACAGUGAUGGGUCUGGGAAAUGGAUGUCUUCAAAGAUGAGGUUAAUGAAAAAGAUGAUGAGAAGGAGCAUGAGUCCAACCUCUGACAGAUUGAAUCCACAAGGGCAAGAAAGCAGAUACAGCCAAAGAAGCCCUCGCAACAGCAGCAGUAGCACCACUAGGGUUUGUUCGGACUGUAACACAAGCACUACCCCACUUUGGAGGAGUGGCCCUAAGGGUCCUAAGUCGCUUUGCAAUGCCUGUGGAAUUAGACAGAGGAAGGCAAGAAGGGCAAUGGCUGAAGCUUCAAAUGGUUUGGUUACUCCCAUAAACUCAGUAUGUGCAAAGACCAGAGUGUACAACAAGGAGAAAAAGUCUCGUGCAAACCAUUUUGCACAGUUCAAGAACAAGUACAAGUCCACUACUACUACUACUGCUGCUUCUGCAGGCUCAUCUGAAGGGCUGAGAAAGAUUGAAUAUUUCAAGGAUUUUGCCAUAAGUUUGAGCAGUAAAAACUCAUCUUUCCAACAGAAAGUUUUUCCACGGGAUGAAGUAGCUGAGGCAGCAAUGCUUCUAAUGGAGUUAUCCUGUGGUUUUGUCCACUGAUAAUUAACUAUGUCUAUGUCUAGUUAGAUAUUUUUGCCAUUUGGUUUUGUUUUUUCACUUUUAUAUAGAAGCAUCUCGUAAUUUCUUUUGUCUGGUUGUGACUUUUGAGCUGUGAAAUCGAGCUGGUGCAUUUGCAGCAGAA